AUGGGCAUCCUCGCUGGCUCGCCGCUGUCCGAGCUGGUAAAACUGUACGAAACGUAUGCUGCUCCUCAUCUGCUUUACAUCGCUAUUGGAGCUGUGUUUCUCUAUACCCUUUCACACAAAUAUACAUCACACUUAAGAACCAUCCCUGGGCCGUACUGGGCAGGAUAUACCGGUUUGUGGCGAGCAUGGCAAGUUUACAAGGGCGAUUUCCAGCACCAAUCAAUUUCUCUGCAUCAAAAGUACGGGCCGUUGGUCCGCAUCGGACCCAACCAGAUUUCGAUAGCAGAUGCGUCUGCCAUCAAGAUCAUCUAUGGCGUCAACGGUGGCUUCACCAAAACCGCAUUUUACCCGAUUCAAGAGGGCCGCUUCGAGAAGAAGAGACUCAUCAAUGUGUUUGCAGCCCGUGAUGAAUCAUUCCAUGCCCGAAUCAAACGACCAAUCGGCCAUGUCUACAGUAUGGCGGCCUUGACGGACCUCGAAUUCAAGAUUGACCAUGUAUCAAAGCUUUUCAUGGACAAGCUUAGGGAACACGAGAGAAACAAUAAGAACAUUGACCUCGGCGAAUGGCUCCAAUGGUAUGCUUUUGAUGUAAUCGGAAACCUCACUUUUUCCAAAACACUAGGCUUUGUUGAGCAGUCGAGGGAUAUCGACGAUAUGAUCGCCACGCUCGGAAACUUCUUCGUCUACGCCGCCGUCAUCGGCCAGAUUCCUUAUCUCCACAAGUUGCUCGUUGGCAACCCGCUUCUUCCCUACAUCAUGCCAGCCAUUGAGAGUUUCAACCCGGCAGUGAAUUUCGCGGUCAAGUGUAUGAAGGAAAGCAAAGAAAAUUUCGAAGAGGGCCGCGACGAUUUCCUCAUCCGGUUUCAGAAAAUGGUCAAAGCCGGCUCCAAGGGGGGCCAUAAUGGCGGCGCCUUUGAGGAUGCUGAUAUUGUCAACCACACCAGUACCAACGUCCUUGCUGGCAGCGAUACCACGGCUAUUGCCCUGCGAGCCAUCAUUCACAAUCUGAUCACCAACCCGCUCUGCUAUAACAAAUUGCAGAGCGAACUUGAUGAGUGGGACGCUGCGGGAAAGCUGUCCGACCCCAUCCAGGAGAGCGAGGCCCGUCGUCUGCCAUAUCUGCAAGCGGUUCUCAAGGAGGCCAUGCGCAUCCAUCCCAGCGUCGGCUUGAUCAUGGAGAGACAUGUGCCCAAGGGUGGCACCACCAUCAGCGGCACAUUUAUCCCCGAAGGCACCAUUGUCGGCAUCAACCCCUGGGUAGUGGCUCGUGACAAGCGCAUCUAUGGAGAGGAUGCGGAUAUUUUCCGCCCAGAGAGGUGGCUGGAGGCUGGUGAGGAGCAACUGAAGGAUAUGGAGAGGUCAUCUCUGGUAUUUGGCGCAGGAAGUCGGAGCUGCAUCGGCAAGCACAUCUCGAUGAUGGAGAUGUCCAAGAUUAUCCCUCAAAUGUUCCGAGAAUUCGACAUCACUCUGGUAACACCACAGAAGGACCUGCAGACUAUCGAUUACUGGUAA